UAGUAACUUUUAUCGUUACUACGACACUAGGGUGAUGGACCAGGAAGGACAUGUGUGCCUUACAUUGGAAUUUGUGCGUGAAUUGAUAACGAAAGAUGAACCUAACGUGGAGAUUACAAGUUUAGAAGAAGAACCCGGUUCUGGAAGAGGUGACAAUUAUACAUCUAUGUUGUACCGUGUUCAAGCAAAAGGCCGAAAACAAGUAACAAACGAUGAAUGGAUCAAUUACGAACGUGCGAUCAUUUACAAAGUUUUGCCACAAUCAAGGGAACGCCGUGAAGCUUUUAAAAGCGAGCUACUCUUUCAAAACGAAGUAGCAUUCUACACGCAUGUGUGGCCCGCUUUGGAUAAAUUACAAACAAAUGGUAGAAAAGUUUUUAGCGGAGUCGCAAAAAUAUACGCGGCGCGGAUUGAUCUUAUCGCUAUGGAGGAUUUGCAAGAAAGAGGUUUUAAAAUGGCAGACAGAAGAAAAGGACUACAACUUGAUCACUUAAAACGAGUGUUGAAAGCUUUAGCGGGUUUUCACGCGCUCAGCCUAACUCUUAGGGAAACAAGGCCGGAGGAAUUUGCAAGACUGACAGAUCCAAACGGCGGUCAAGGUAUACAAGAGGCUCUUUUUCGAACAGAAAAUGAGGAUUGGUACCGUCAAUAUUAUCACGUCGCUGCGAACAAUGCCAUCAGAAUGGUUUCCGAUGGUCUUCCUGCACAUAUGGAACAUAAGAGACAUGAAAUAAUGGAAAAAUUGCAAGCUUUUCUCAAUGACGAUAUAUUUUUUCGUACCAUGACUGAAUUAGCAUCCACGCAAGGACCUCUCACCGUUUUUUGUCACGGCGAUUGUUGGACUAAUAAUAUUUUGUUCAAAGAUAACUUGACUAGGCCAAACGAAGAAGUUGUCUAUUUAAUUGAUUUUCAACUAUCUCGAGUUGGCUCUCUUGCUCUUGAUCUUGCGAAUCUGUUGUAUUGUUGCGCAACCGGAGAAAUUAGACGAGCGCACAUGACUCAACUUCUUCAGCAUUAUCAUUUCCAUCUGAUGUCUUCGUUACAUACGCUUAAUCCAAAACAGCCACCAAAAGAUCCAUCUGUCAUGUGGGAGCUAUUGAACGAAGAGAUGCGUCGUUGCAGUCGAUUCGGCGCAGGCCUCGCAUUGGAUAUCUUGCCAAUUAGUACGUGCGAAAGCGACGAGGCUCCAGAUUUAUACGAGAGGUCGGAAACAACCAAGGAGAAACAAAUCGCACGAGCACCACCGCGUGGAGGUGCCGAAUGCGCACGACUUAUGACUGAUUUAGUUUUGGAACUUAUCCACAAUCAUGCUUUAUAGGUUCAAUUAGAACGAAUCACUUUACAAAUAUUUUUCUCACCAUGCAACCAAGUAAAUCCCAAUCUCAUGCAUACGGAUAUACGCAUGCAUAAGACGAUUCAACAACUGUUCUAUAAAUUUCAAUCAGAUUUGGCAUUUGUACGAUACAAAAUGACGCGUAACCGAUGGAUAAAGAAAAUUCGUAAAAAGUGUCGUGUCUAAUUACAUUAA